AUGAGCGCAUCUCCUUCCGGCCAGUCAAACAAUCAAACCCCAACUCCUAAUGGCGGUCCUCCUCAAUUUGUCCGAAAGCAUAAAGCUACCGAUCCUUUGAGGCCCCGAAAGAAGCCUGUUCGACGACCAAACGUUCCUGCUGGCGCCGCCCCUCCGCGACCUAACGGCCCUGCGCCAGCUGCCCCAGUAAAUAGAUAUCCAGUCAAUGGCAUAUUACCGCCUCGAGGAGCUCCCUCACAAGCAGGGCCUGCAAAUGGUGCCGGCCCAUCAGCAACUGGCGGGUGGACAAAUGCUCCCACCCCAGGACAAUACACCGAUUUCCCGCUAUUCACGACCAAGCGAGCUAUGCGAGAGGGCUUAAGGUAUCAUAUUGCUAGGUUCUCUACGAAAAAGGAUGUCGAUCCCGCAAACCAAGCCGAGUUUACUCGCCCAGUUGUUCUGCAUAGAAGGGACCCCCGACAACCCCCACCGGGAAAGGGAAUGAAGGAUGAGGACAUGCUGACCGAUGUUCCAAUGGAUUCGAAGGAGAGAGAGAAGCUGGAGAUACUAAAAACAGAGAAAGAUGCCCGCAAGGCAGCGGAUCUCGCCCAGAUUGCACCGACAGGGAAUAAUGCCUCGGCUCUCGCAGCAAAGAAGAACCAAGCCUUUCGAAAUGAAAAGACCUCCCAAGUCUUCAGGCUGGAUAAGACAGCAGAGCAGAAGAAGGCUUCCGACUUGAGAUAUGAAGAAGCAUUGCCUUGGCACCUGGAGGACGCAGACAAUAAAAACACAUGGGUGGGAAGCUAUGAAGCCGCCCUUUCAGAUACUAAUGUCAUGUUUGUGAUCGAUGGCGCAAGGUUCAUUAUGGUUCCCAUUGAGAAAUGGUACAAGUUCACGCCUAAGAACCAAUUCAAAACGUUCACAAUUGAGGAGGCAGAGGCACAAUUAAACAAGAAGACCAGAGAAUCCAGAUGGGUCAUGAAGGCCAAUGAGAAGAAAGUGGGAGAACUGAAAGCACCACCUAUGCAUAAGAUGUAUACCGUCAAGUCCGAAAGUAACACCUACAAGAACUCGAGCAAGAACGAGAGACAAGACAUGGAUGAUCUGGACUUCGAGGAAGAUGACCUCUUUCAAGACGAUGACGAGCAGGUAACUGUGGAACCGGACAAGGAUGAAGAUACCAAGGAUGCUCAGGAGAAAAUCAAACGUGAGCAACUAGGUGCAAAUUUCUUCGACCAAGCGGAUGAAUUAGAGGUCGAGAAAGAACUUGAGAAGGAGCUUGAAGAGCAACAAGCUGAAAAGAAACUGGGAAAGAAGACGAGAAAGGCAUUGACGAAGCGCGAGCAGAAUCUUAUAUAUGAAAGUGAUUCUGAUCACCCCUAUUCGGAUUCGAGCGACGAUGAUACCGCGGACGAAGAUAAGCAGAAGGAGAUUGACAAAAAAAAAGAGGAAGAAGCUAAGACCAAAGCUAAGUCCGAGUCAAAGCUACCUUCCGGUGCGUCUUCAAAAGGAACAAAUACCCCAUCUGGUCGACCAAAGCAUACCGAUCCUUUGAAGAAAUCGAAGACCAACCUCAAACGAUCUGGGUCCCCAAAUCUCUCGGAAUCGUCUGGAAAUGAAUCCUCGCGAAAGAAGUUUAAGAAGAAGCAUCACGGCUCUCCUGGCACUUCAGGUACGAGCACUCCGGUUCCAGGAUCUCGGCCUAUGUCUCCUGCCCCUUCAGGAUCACAGUCAGCAUCCAGUCAAGGCCGCAAAUCAUCUGUCGUUAAGCUCAAUGUCAACCCGUCGAAACUCUCGGAAAUUCAAAAGGCUCCACCAAAUCCAAGUCCAGUCCAUGGAGGUUUCAUGAGUGAUGGCGAAGCUACCGGUGGUGAAAUGUCUGACGCCGGUAAGAAGAAAAGGAUCAAGAUUCGAGUUGGUUCGCCUUCUGGAUCCAGAGCAGGCACCCCAGCGCCAGGCAGAGCCGGUUCAAUAGGAGCUGGAGGAAGUCGUGCAGGGAGCCCGGCUGCUCAAGGACAAAUCUGUACAGCAGAUCAAUCGCGCGCCCAGUCGCCUGGCUUGGGCCCCAUCUCAGUCCAGGAAGUCAUUGCCGCUAUUCCAGCAAGUGGUAUCUCGUCGGGAGAUUUGAUGAGGUCGUUUGCGGGACGGGUGGGUGAUAAUCCCGGGCAGACUGACAAGAAGGCGUUCUUCUCGAUGGUUAAGGAGCACUCGAAGUACAGUGCGGAUAAGCUUUUGCGGCCGAAAUAG